UAAGCUCAGUGUUGGCUGGAAUGGCAACGUCUAGGGCAUCGAAGUCCGAGCUUCCCCCUUCCUCUCUCUCUCUCUUUCUUUCUUAUAUACUCAGUUUCUAAAUUAAACUAAAUUAAUUCCUCUUCCUGUAGCUUCUUCUUCCUCGCAAAACCCUAACCCAAAAUUCUCUCUUUCGAAGUCGCUCCUCCUCCAGCUCUCCUCUGACUGAUAAUGGCGGACUAUCCAGACUACGAUUAGGAGUGCAGCGAAAGUAUAUCCCGUCGAUUCCGGGUCGGUGUCGAGUCCUGAUUAGCCGCUAAAAGAUAUGCUGGAUCCGCACUCUGCGCGCUUCUGUAGUGAGGCUUCUGCCUUCUGCCUGCUUGCAGGUGACAGCUCUUACAGGAAGCGGAGGGUUAAAAUAUUUAAACAAGAGCACUUAAGAGAGCAGCUAAGCUUACUUGCCAAUCGAUGAUGUUUGUGAUAGAGCUGCAGAAAGCUAAAGCUGCGGGCUGACAUCGCUAGCCAUGGAUGGGCAGCUUUGAAAGGUCUCUUCUUUUUUCGUUUUCAACUGCCCCCUUCCUCCCCUUUUUAUCUACACAACCACUCAGAAAAAGGACAACGCCACCGCCAUCCAGAAAUCGUGGAUCUUUUUAUUUCAGCAGCUUCUCUCUCUAUCCCUCUCUCUCCCCCUCCACCUUUCUUCCUCUCUCCCCCUCAUAUAAUUACAGGUGUGGUAGAGGACAAGUUAUAACUGGGAACUAAGAAGAAAUGAGCUUGGGUUGAAGAUGGAGGUGAAACAACAAGCCAGCAAGCGAUCCCGCUUCAGCAACUGCAAUAAGGACAACGAAUUGCCCCGCACUAUGACCUUAUCUCAGUCAUCGUCGCGGAUCUUCAGAGUUUCUCGAGCUUCUGGCGGCAAAGACCGCCAUAGCAAGGUGUUCACCUCCAAAGGGCUCCGUGACCGGCGAGUUCGCCUCUCUGUUUCCACGGCAAUCCAGUUCUACGACCUUCAAGACCGACUAGGCGUCGACCAGCCCAGCAAGGCCAUCGAGUGGCUUAUCAAGGCCGCUUCCCCCGCCAUUUCUGAACUCCCCUCUCUCGUUUCUUCGUUCCCCGAGUUCGCGGACAUUAGUAAGAUGAAUGCUGAGAGUAGUAAGAUGAAUACCGAGGCCGAGCCUGGUUGCAGUAGCACCUCAGAGACAAGCAAGGGCUCGGUACUAUCCCUCUCUCGCUCAGAAAUACGCAUCAAGGCGAGGGAACGAGCUCGCCUUCGUGCUGCAAAGGAUCAGGAAGAGAAGAGAGAGGAUGCCGGAGAUCAUCUUGACACCACGGAACAACAUCCUCAGGAUAUGAAUCAGAGCUCGUUCACUGAGCUUCUAAGUGCUGGUUCAGCUAGCGAAACAGCUCAAAUUCAGGAAAUAUUGCGACCAUCCACUGUUACUGCUGACUACUUUGGCCAAGCUGGCUUCUUUGCUCGAACUCAACAUGUACCACCUACGUUCUGUUCCACCAAAAGUCAAAAUUUUGGCAUCUCUUCUUCAGUGGGAAUGAUGCCUUACAAUAUCGCCGCAGCCACAGGAGAUAAUCCAGAGAUGCAACAGUUCUCUUUUAUAAAUGACCAUACGGAUUACAAUGUCAACUUCUCCAUCGCACCAGGUCUUACCGGUUUUUACAGGGGGACCCUUCAGUCCAAUCCAUCGGCUCACUCGCCAUUUUCUCCUGCUUCCAUUGAUGUGCAAAACUUGCCGUUCAUCCUCGGUGCAGCGGCUACAUCGACAGAGGCUAACUUCCAUUCUAUAUUCGACAGUCGGCUGCAGCUCAGUAGGGAGCCGACAACUCCAUUUUGCUUGGAUGGUUACAGGCCCUCAGACCUCAAAGGAAAGAGAAAAAGCUGAUUUUGAAGGCAUGGCAGUCAUGGAGCUUUCAAGAACUUCUCUUUGCUGAUCGAGAGAGAAAAGCUGGGAACUGAAGCUGACAACAGCCAUGAUGAAUCCAGAUGAUUCUGUUCCUUCAACAUCCAACUUCAUCAAUUCUAGUAGUGUAUGUAUUGCUGUAACUACUAUUAACCAGCAUUCCUGUCAUUUAUUUUGAUCCCUAUUAUGAUUUCCAUUCAUGAUUUGUGUUCCAAGAAUGAUAUUUUUCAGUGUGCUUGAAUCAUUGGAUCUUUUUGUAUUUACUAUGAGAGAUCUUCUCUCCAGAGCUUGGUUUUAAUGCGUGUAAGGCUAAUUAAUAAAGGUGCAGGUGCCUCGUCAACUUUGUACUCUGUUAAA